AUGAAUCUUCUUAUAGAUCUUGAUGAUUUCGAUAAUAUUUAUCAAUCACUCGAUGUUUUGAUGUUUUGCAAUGGUGUUCUUGAUUUCAACCGUCCAUCAAAAAACAAUGAAAACUUAAAUGAAUUCAACAACAACGCACCUUUAAAUUAUCCUAAACAUAAUGAAAUUGUUAAUGAAGGACAAUCCAAACAUUCAAUUAAUCCAACCAAUAUUGCUCUCAACGAUGAAUUUUCCGAUCAAAUCUCACGCCUUUGUUUAGAAUUCCCACAAGAAAAACUUGGCGUUGAGGAAUAUAUCGAAGCAACAAAACUUGGUCAAUGUUUAUUCAGCUUCAGUCCAGAAUUUAAUUAUAUUACUGCUAGUAAUAAUAAUGCUCAACAACCAAUUUCGCCAUUAGCAUGUAACAAUAAAUGUAAUUGGGGUUCUUCGCCUUCAAGAUGGUUAAAUGUAACAAAUUUUCCUGUUUAUAAUAAUAAUACAUGGGAAGCCUUUCAUAACAACUACGUAUUUAUUCACUACUAUGAUUUACGUGAUGCUAUCCACGCACAGAAAAAACUUAAGUAUGUAAUUGCACCGCAUAAUUAUAAUCGAUUAAAUGUUAAUUUUUGCUCUCGCCUGAAAAAUAUUGAGUUGCAAAAUGAUUGGGAUUGGGAAAAUGAAGGGAUUUUGAGAAUAUAUAUCAUUGGACGUGCAAAUGAUACGGAAAUUAGGAAUUUGUUUGUUGAAUAUGGAGCUUUACGUGAGGAAUAUUGGUUUUAUGUUGAAGGUAUCAGAGUACUUCAAAUUGAAUAUUAUGAUGUACGUGCUGCAUAUGCUGCAAAGACAGUGGAUGGAAAACAGAUUCAAGAAGCUAUUCUUAAAGUCGACUAUUAUGAUAGCAAUUCACAAUCGUGGGAUAUUGCAUCUGAGAUGAUGUGCUGUCAAAACAAUAAUAACUACAACUACAACUAUGAAGGUGAUAAAGCCAUCAUUUGCCAAGCUUCAAUGUACUCGUCGGGAAAUAGAGAAAUCCCGGAAAAAAAUACUGUAGAUUUUGAAAACAUAAGACAAGAAUGGCUUAACGAAACACAUAGAGGUCAAUAUGAUUUCGUUUAUUUACGAAUUGAUUUUAAAAAUAAAUGUAAUGUUGGAUAUGCAUUCAUUAAUUUCACAUCAGUAGAUGCGGUAAUUUCAUUUGCACAACUUCACGUUGGUAAAAAAUGGGGUCGUUUUAAUAGCGAUAAACGUUGUGAGCUUUCUUAUGCAAAUGUUCAGGGAAAAAAAGCUUUAAUCGAAAAAUUCAAAAGCUCUCGAGUUAUGGAUGAACAGCCAGAAUAUCGUCCAAUGAUAUUUUAUACAAAAGGCCCUUUUGCAGGCUUCGAAGCUCCAUUUCCACGCGGAAAUCUCGAUUAA